AUGUUAAAAAAGCUUAUAGAAUUGUUCCAGAUGAAUGGAGAAGUCCAUGGAACCAGUUUGGGCCUGUUCACGGUCUAUCUUGAAAUACCACCAAACUCGCAUCCAGAGACGCUUUUUGUAUCAGAAUCCGGUAUCUACGCUCUACUAGCGCACUCAAACAAAUCGAAAGCACAAAAGCUUAUGCGCUUCGUUUACGAGGAACGGGUACAACCUUGCCUACAAGCUGGUCGUCCAACGGAAAACAUUCCAAACGGAGUCAAUUUACUUAAUCGCACCAAGGAAUUGCUCCUCCGUGACUCGUACAAAUCUUGUUAUAACAAUAUUCGAACCAACAUAGAUGUGCCAAGUGCUGUGAAAGACCUGUUAUCGAUUAUCUAUGUCUAUAGUGAAUAA